ACGUAAACAACCAACAUGGAAGUCAGCUGAUUUCCUGUGCCAAAGUUUUAUAAGAAUUUGAUAACAUUGAUAUAUUGUACAAGAAACAUUGUCACGCAAACAUGUGGACGAAACCCGACGAAGUGUUAUUAACAAAUGCUCUUUGGGUGACAGAGCGGGCCAAUCCAUUCUUUAUCCUUCAGAGGAGGAAGGGAUAUGGAGGAGGUGGGUUAACAGGACUAUUGGUGGGAACUAUAGAUACUGUAUUAGACAAUAAGACACCACCAUAUAGAAUACUACACCAAACAACUGAAUCAGAAGUCAGUUUCUCGGUUGCAGUUGCUAAUAACAAAAGGGAUAUAUUGAAAGAUUGGGAAUGGCUAGAGCAAAAUUUGAUGGAAAUUCUUGGUGCAUUUGAAAAUGAAGAUGAUGCAACAGAAUUUGUGAAAUGUAAAAUAGAAAGUCUUCGAGCUAAUGAAGUUAAAGUUUCUGAUCAAGAUGAAGAAACAGUAAAGUUCAAAACAGCAACACAGAAGUUCAUGAAAUUGUUUAACAUGCCCAAAGAGGAAAAACUAGUUAAUUAUUACUCCUGUAGUUAUUGGAAAAGUAAAGUACCAAGACAGGGCUGGAUGUACCUCAGUAUUAAUCAUCUGUGUUUUUACUCCUUCUUGAUGGGCAGGGAAGCCAAAGUUAUCAUUAGAUGGACUGAUAUAACUAAAUUGGAAGUUGGCAACAAUAUGCUGUUUCCUGAUAGUGUCAAAGUUACAACCAGAGAAGGGGAGUUUUACUUCUCCAUGUUAUUACACAGCAGUGAAUCAUUCAGACUGAUGGAACAGCUGGCUAACAUGGCAAUGAAACAACUAAUGCUUGAAGGAGGAUUCGAAGAAGAUAAAACUAUUGCAGAUAGAACUAAGAGGAAGACUCCAAAGAAAAUGUCAUCUAUAAAGAGAGAUCUAGAUGCUAGAGCAAGGAGCGAUGCAUUCAGGUCAUUAUUUAGAUUGCCUCUAUCUGCCAAACUAGAUGGUGAUGUAGUCUGUAUGAUACAAACACCAUAUAACAAGCACUAUGUAUGGGGGAGGCUGUAUCUGUCUUCAGGAUAUAUCUGUUAUGGCAGUAGGGUACCAGAUUUGGUGACUGUUGUAAUACCUGUCAGGGAGAUACAGCUUGUAGAGAAGAAUGACAACACAUCAGGGAAUGAGCUGGGAAAUAAUGCUCUCAUUAUAACUACAAAAGGAAAGAGCAACUACAUUUUUUCCCAGUUGCCACAGAGAAAAAUGAUUUUGGAGAAGAUAUCAGACUUUUUAUCAAGUCAACAUAUUCCACAAAGUCCAACUAUGAAAAAUUUAAAAUCAGUAACAGAAGAAGAGAAAGGUAAGAACAACGCCCAUCAUCUUUAUUUCCAUUGUUGUUCAGAUAAUUUUUUUCAUUUUUGUUUAUAUCAAGAAUGUUGUAUCUUUCCUUUUGUAGAAGAAGAACCUGUACAAUUUCAGCCUGCACUUGUCAGUUUGUUUCACAGAAGAGAUUCAGAUGAAUUAUCUGCUAAAGAAACUGUCAAGGAACAUUUGUGGAAUGUACACUUUACAGAAUAUGGAAGGGGUGUUACUAUGUACAGAACACAUAAGACACAAGAUUUAGUAUUGAAAGGUCUGCCAGAGAAAUACAGAGGAGAAAUAUGGCUGUUAUUUUCUGGAGCUAUAAAUGAGAUGGCUACGCACCCAGGAUAUUACGCCAGUUUAGUAGAACAGAGCUCAGGAAAGUACAGUCUAGCUACAGAUGAAAUAGAAAGAGAUUUACACAGAUCUUUACCUGAACAUCCAGCUUUCCAGUCAGACUGUGGUAUAGGGGCACUCAGGAGGGUAUUGACAAGUUAUGCUUGGAGGAAUCCAACCAUAGGUUAUUGUCAAGCUAUGAACAUAGUAACCAGUGUUUUAUUACUGUAUACAAGUGAGGAGGAGGCUUUCUGGUUACUAACUGCUAUAUGUGAGAGACUAUUGCCAGAUUAUUAUAAUACCAAGGUAGUAGGAGCUCUCAUUGACCAAAGUGUGUUCGAAGAACUAGUCAAGGACAAUUUACCUACACUUCACCAGAAAUUACAAGUUUUAGGACUCCUUAGUAUGAUCUCACUAUCCUGGUUCCUGACUAUAUUUCUCAGUGUGAUGCCAUUUAAUUGUGCCGUUCACAUUCUAGACUGUUUCUUCUAUGAUGGUGCUAGUGUAAUAUUUCAAAUAGCUUUGACCAUAUUAGAGCAGAAGAAAGAAGAACUUGAGAAUUCAAAAGACGAUGGUGAUGCUAUGACUAUACUCAGUUCAUAUUUAGAAAAUGUGUCUAACAGGGAUUCCACCAUGCCAAAUAUAGAACAUACCAGUAUGCUGUGUUCAAAGAAAUCAGAUGUGCCUUCAAUAGAUGUGAGUGAACUAAUAGAUGAUAGCUACAGAAAGUUUGGUCAUAUAAGCAACCAAGAGAUUGACAAACUCAGACUCAAAUAUAGACUUCAAGUUGUUCAGAAUAUAGAAGACAGUACCAUGAGGAACAUCAUCAGAAGUGUGGCAUCAGAUACAUUGUUCAAAGGACAGGAACUCAAAGAUUUAUAUGUCUUAUUUAAGGAAGAGUAUUUGACCUCAUGUUACUGGAGAACUCACCAACAACCAGUAGAUACUGCUGAUAAAUAUGACCCUAGUCGACCUUAUUAUGAACUCUACAAGAUUGACUUUGACCAAUUUAAAACCCUAUUUUUAUCUCUGUCUCCCUGGGCAACAGGACAACAUGCUGAAAAGCUGGCAUUAUAUAUGUUUAGGUUAAUUGAUGAAAACAAGGACAACAUGAUAAACUUUAAAGAAUUUGUUUACAUCCUGGGUGUAGUAUGUAAAGCUGAUAUAACACACAAACUAAAGCUGUUAUACACAUGUCACCAACCUCCAGCCUUACUACCUACAGAUAAACUAGACGAGGAGUCAGAUGAGGGUCCAGUCUCACCUGUAUCAGAUAAAGUAGUUGAGGAGUCAGAUGAGGGACCAGUCUCACCUGUAUCAGGUAUGUACACAUGUCACCAACCACCAGCCUUACUGCCAACAGAUAAACUAGACGAGGAGUCAGAUGAGGGGCCAGUCUCACCUGUAUCAGGUAUGUUCACAUGUCACCAACCUCCAGCCUUACUACCUACAGAUAAACUAGACGAGGAGUCAGAUGAGGGUCCAGUCUCACCUGUAUCAGAUAAAGUAGUUGAGGAGUCAGAUGAGGGACCAGUCUCACCUGUAUCAGGUAUGUACACAUGUCACCAACCACCAGCCUUACUACCUACAGAUAAACUAGACGAGGAGUCAGAUGAGGGGCCAGUCUCACCUGUAUCAGGUAUGUUCACAUGUCACCAACCUCCAGCCUUACUACCUACAGAUAAACUAGACGAGGAGUCAGAUGAGGGACCAGUCUCACCUGUAUCAGGUAUGUAUACAUGUCACCAACCUCCAGCCUUACUACCUACAGAUAAACUAGACGAGGAGUCAGAUGAGGGACCAGUCUCACCUGUAUCAGGUAUGUUCACAUGUCACCAACCUCCAGCCUUACUACCUACAGAUAAACUAGACGAGGAGUCAGAUGAGGGACCAGUCUCACCUGUAUCAGGUAUGUACACAUGUCACCAACCUCCAGCCUUACUACCUACAGAUAAACUAGACGAGGAGUCAGAUGAGGGGCCAGUCUCACCUGUAUCAGGUAUGUAUACAUGUCACCAACCUCCAGCCUUACUACCUACAGAUAAACUAGACGAGGAGUCAGAUGAGGGGCCAGUCUCACCUGUAUCAGGUAUGUACACAUGUCACCAACCACCAGCCUUACUUCCUACAGAUAAACUAGACGAGGAAUCAGAUGAGGGGCCAGUCUCACCUGUAUCAGGUAUGUACACAUGUCACCAACCACCAGCCUUACUUCCUACAGAUAAACUAGACGAGGAAUCAGAUGAGGGGCCAGUCUCACCUGUAUCAGGUAUGUACACAUGUCACCAACCUCCAGCCUUACUACCUACAGAUAAACUUGAUGAGGAGUCAGAUGAGGGGCCAGUCUCACCUGUAUCAGAUAAACUAGACGAGGAAUCAGAUGAGGGGCCAGUCUCACCUGUAUCAGGUAUGUACACAUGUCACCAACCACCAGCAUUACUACCUACAGAUAAACUAGACGAGGAAUCAGAUGAGGGGCCAGUCUCACCUGUAUCAGGUAUGUACACAUGUCACCAACCACCAGCCUUACUACCUACAGAUAAACUAGACGAGGAGUCAGAUGAGGGGCCAGUCUCACCUGUAUCAGUGGCAUCAACAGAUGUGGCAGAAGAAGCUACAGAUUUCUUUACAGAUGACAAAUCAGUAACAGAUUCUCCUGAAAUAGAAUUACCUGGUGAUUUUAUUGAGGAGGAUAUGCCUGAUGAGGAACCAGGAGAACCAGACACAGACGAGACUGGUACAGGGGACAAGGGAGAACAGAAAUCCUCAGAAGAGCAGUCUAGUGGCAAUUCACAGGCAACUGGUUCAACUGGGGAGGCAGAGAAGAGUGGAGCUGAAGGAGAUGGGGCCAGUGUGGAAGUCCCUGAAGCGGGUGGAUAUUAUAAAGCUACAGAUAUUCAGUACAGCUAUAAAAAGAUGGCUGAAAAGAAAAGAGAGUUAAAUAGAUCAGAUAGCAAAGCUGAUUUGAAAAAUGUACCAAGGUUAACACAGGUCCAGUUUAUUCAGUUAUGGAAAACUUUGUAUGACAUGUUUCAUGAUCAUCCUCAUGAGCAACAGUUAUACCAUUCCAUAGCAACAGUGGGAACUCUUCUUUUGGAGAUUGGGGAGGUAGGAAAACGCUUCUAUUUGAAGUCUGUAUCAGAAAGUUCACAAGGAGAAGGCACAGUAUCUGUGAGUGAAGUGGACACAGUUGCAGCAUACAUAAAGAAUGUAACAAUUGAUUCUAGUCCUAGUAAAAACUCUGGAAACUCAGAAACAAAACAAAAUGCAGAAAAAUCAAAUUCUAUUGAUGACUCUUCAUCAGAAAUGUCUGGAGAAAAUACUAACGUAACACAGCAGGACAGUGGCAUUUCUGAGCAAUCAGCAGACAAUUUACAAAGUAGUACCUCAGACUCAUCCUCACAGCCUCAUUCUAAACCAGAUUCUGAUUGGUCGAUAUCAUUUGAGCAGUUUAUAGCUUCUAUGUUAACUGAACCGCCAUUGGUUGAAUACUUUGAAAAAAUUAUAGACAUAACAGAGGAUAUUGCAAAAAUGAGAAACAGGCGUCUGUUGACAAGACAACAGAGCACCUGGGAAACACAAAAACAGAAUAGUAACAGGAAAUAACAGUUAUUUCACCGAAUUUCACCAUUGUUAUAUUUACAAGCAAACAGAUUUUUUAACUCAAAGGGUAAAAAGAGAAAGAGAAGCUCGCAAUAUGUAAAAGUUGGCCCUAAAAACUUUGAAAAUUCAGCUUAAAAUUUAUAUUAAAUAUUAAUAAAUAAAAAAAAUAAUAAAAAGUAUUUUUUCACUCAUUGCACCAACAUAACCAGUGACGAUUCUAUAGUUUUCAUUUCAUUGGUGGCAGUCUUAAUUUUUAAUGAUUAUGUCCUAAAUUCAGGUAGCAGAUUAUAUAAAGAAAAUAAUAUUUAGUUCAUUUAAAGUUGCACAGUUUUCAAAUGUAAGUAAUUGUUUUCAGUUCUGAUAACUCCAAAUUGGUUUUUUCUUCCCCCUUUUUCAGUUGGGAAUUUGACAAAAUAUAGAUGUUGAGACCAGCUUUUGACCAUCUAUGUCCUUUCUUUUGUACACUCAUAAACAUUCAGGGUUAUCUCAUUUAGUAAAUGCUUUAUAGUAGUAUAUAGAUGUAUCAUAUUAUUUUGGGCAUUCUCAUUAUAUUUUAACCUAUAUAUUGUAAUAUUUAUUGUGAAUAGAUUUCAUCAUUUCUGUUAAAAACACAAUAACCACUGAAAACAGUUUUUGGUUCCUCUCAUUCUGGAUUUACUUAUAUCCUCUCUUUUUGGAUUUACUUAUAUUAUACUUGUAUAUUUAUAUAGUUCUUAUGCAAGAUUUGAAGGGUUAAGAUAGAUACAUGUUUAGCAUCAUAUAACAAAUGUUGUCCCACAAUUAAAAAACAUGUCCAACACUGCUAAGAUCUCAUUUAUAUUUUUAUAUGAGAUGUUGACAGUUAGAUAUAUGUUUUGUCAUUGUAUACUCUGCUAAAAUAUAAUAGUUUUAGGAUUUUCCUUUUAUGUUAGUUGCUUUGUAUAUCUAAAUGUGCAGUAUUGAUGCAUAUUCAAUAGUUUGGGUUAAUCAUAAGCCCCCAAUUUUAUUGAAUAUUUCACAUCUAUUUGUUAUGAAUUUGUUUUGGGUAAAUAGUCGCCUGAUUUACUGAUCAUGCUUUACUCUAACCAAACAGAUAAAUUAGAAGACUGUUGACCUGCUCUUCAUUUUUUUUUCAUUCUGUACUAAGAAUAUUGAUUGUCAUUAAUACUCAUAUUGUAAUAUCAACACUUGCAGUUUUCAGACUAGAGCUAUACUAUAGAUAUAUAGAAGGUAUCCACCUCAUGUUGUGUAUAUAUUUGGAUAAUUUGUUGAUUUGUUCAAUUAGAAUAUUAUGUAUGGAACAGAUACUUUGAAUAAAUAAUGCAAAAGAAUUUCAUUUUUCUCCUAGUUGUUUAAAAGGGUUGUUAGUAAAACAAGUGCCAUAGAAAUACAGGAAUACUGCCCUUUGCAGUUUUCUA